GGAGGGUGCACUUAGAAUCGAGGGAAAGUCCCUCCCUGCCUCCAGCCUCAGAUCCAGGCGAGUGUCAGCCAAUGAAUUAAGGCGCAGAUGCAGGCUUUGUUAACCGGUUAACCGAGAGGGACAAACAGACAGACAGACAGACAUCGACUGGAUAGUCUGCAGCCAGAAUCGGCUACUAGUCUAAUUACUACUAAUUAUUUGUGCAACUGCUUGAAUCUAAAUGGAGAAGAAAGUCGCGGAUUUUUCAGGGAAAUGGAAAAUGAAGUCUUCGGAAAAUUUCGAGGAACUUUUGAAAGCGCUGGGUGUGAAUGUGUUCCUGAGGAAGAUCGCAGUGACAGCAGCCUCUAGCCCAGCAGUGGAAAUCACCCAGCAGGGAGAGAGUCUGUCCAUCAGGACAUCCACCAGCGUGCGCACCACCCAGGUCUCCUUUACUGUGGGUCAGUCCUUCAAUGAGACCACAGUGGACGGACGCCCCUGCACGAGUUUUCCAAAAUGGGAAACAGACAGCAAGAUCAGCUGUGAACAGACUUUACAGAAAGGUGAUGGGCCCAAAACAGUGUGGACCCGAGAGCUGACCAACAACGGAGAACUGAUACUGACAAUGACUGCUGGGGAUGUUGUCUGCACCAGAGUUUAUGAACGAGAAUGAGGAAAAAUUUUCAAGAUUGUCACAUAAUACUCCUGUGUUUUUGCCUCGUGCAUGGUUUACAUUUACUCCCCUUGUUUUUGUCUUUUUCAUCACAGGACAUCAGAAGUUGGCCAGGUCUUGCUCAAUCAGUUCACUCUGUGGAAAAUGUCUGUUUAGUUGCCUUUAUAACAGCAAAACUGAAUUUACUCUGUAUGUAUCAUAUAGAAAU